UUCUCGCCUCCUGCCCGCUCCCCGGAGCUACCCUCGGGCCCCCGGAGCUGGGUACUCCGCAUGGAGCAGGAGUAGCUUGAGGAGUGGGCAGAAACCCCUCCUGAUGCGUUAGUUCCCAGGUGGAACUGCAUGUGAUAUAUGUUGGGUAAAGGAGGAAAACGGAAGUUUGAUGAGCAUGAAGAUGGGCUGGAAGGCAAAAUCCUGUCUCCCUCUGACGGUCCAUCCAAGGUGUCUUACACCUUACAGCGCCAGACUAUCUUCAACAUUUCCCUUAUGAAACUCUACAACCACAGGCCCCUCACAGAGCCCAGCUUGCAAAAGACCGUCUUAAUCAACAACAUGUUGCGGCGGAUCCAGGAGGAGCUCAAACAGGAAGGCAGCCUGAGGCCUGCAUUCACCCCCUCCUCUCAGCCCAGCGACUCGCUGAGUGACAGCUGCCGAGAGGCCCCGCCGGCGCUCAGCCACGCCGCGGCCCCGCCCGCUCACCCCGGCGACCUCGGAAGCACUACACCCCUGGAGGCCUGCCUCACCCCGGCCUCGCUGCUGGAGGACGACGACACUUUUUGCACUUCCCCAGCCCUGCCGCCCACUGCUCCUACCAGACUCUCACCUCCAGCUCUCUCGCCGGCAAAGGACAGCUUCUCCUCGGCCUUGGACGAGAUCGAGGAGCUCUGUCCCACAUCUACCUCUACAGAGGUCGCCGUGGCAGCGACUGACAGCUCGAAAGGGGGCGCCAGCGAGUCCGGCGCCCCGAAACCCGAGGGGCUCCAAGAGGGCCGCCCCGACGAUCCGAAACUGAUGGAUUCUCUGCCUGGGAAUUUUGAAAUCACCACGUCCACGGGAUUUCUGACGGACCUAACCCUGGACGACAUCCUGUUUGCUGACAUUGACACGUCGAUGUAUGAUUUUGACCCCUGCACCUCCACGUCGGGGACAGCCUCGAAAAUGGCCCCCGUGUCAGCGGACGACCUCCUCAAGACUCUCGCCCCUUACAGCAGCCAGCCGGUCGCCCCGAGUCAGCCUUUCAAAAUGGACCUCACAGAGCUGGACCACAUCAUGGAGGUGCUCGUCGGGUCCUAAGUACCAGGGACCCCGUGACUGUGCCCACCCAGGCCCUGCGAGUGGCCCCGCGCCCUGACAGCUCUCCGCACUGUGCAUGCACCCUUGCUUGCCUUUUUCAGAGAAAAAGAACAUUUUACAAAAGGAUCACAUUAGUUUUUGCUUUGAGCAGAGUUGGAGUGCCUUCAUCCAAGGAUGACCACUUUCAGUAUGCUUUUUUGAGUGGUUCCUCAAAGACCUACUACCCUGGAAUAGGAAAGAAUACAUUUGAAGACAAUGUUGCUGUAUCAAGUGGCAAAAACAGUUCAAGUGAAGCACAAGGAAUAAGUUGGGAAAGCUGUAAAUUGCAUGUGCAUAUUUGUCUAUUUUUUCUAUAAGUUUUAUUGCAA